CUUAUAACAAUAAAGAUCGUAAAAUAAAAAGAAAAAAAAUAUUUCGAAAUUUCAAUAGAUUUUUUUUUUAAAAUCAUGAGAAUAUUAUUUACUGUGAUAUUAUUAAUUCCAAUUGGAGUUCUAGGACAACUUGGAAUUAAAACAAAACAGCAUUCUGCACAAAAUAAUCAAGCAUAUGAAUUAUAUUCAUUAAAUCAUUAUCAAAAUGUUAAUCAUACGGCUGGAGGUAGUGUAAAUUAUACAUAUGGUGCAGGAUCAUCAAAUAAUAUUAAUAAUUAUGAUAUGCAAUAUCCACCUUUACAUCAUGGUAGCGGUGGAAGACCGCAACCAUAUCCUGGACAACCUAAUAGUGGAUCACUUGUUGUUGUUGAUAAAACAGUAAAAUUUUUGAAUGAAACAAGAUCUAAAAUGGCAUCUGGUGUCUGUUAUAAGGAAGUUAAAACUGUAACAUUAGUAUCAGCUGGGGAAAUACCAAAAGGAAAUGGGUCAGAUCCAACACUUAGUAAAAUUCGUGUAUGUUGUGAUGGUUAUGAAAGAAACGUUCAUAAUUUCUUACAAUGUGAUCCAAUAUGUAAGAAUGAUUGCAUAAAUGGAAUUUGUGUUGCACCGGAUGUUUGUGUAUGUUAUCCAGAUCAUGUACGCAAUUACGCUGGAUAUUGUUUACCAACAUGCCCAAUAGGUUGCGGUAAUGGUGUAUGUCAAGAUGACGGAUCCUGCUUAUGUAAACCAGGCUAUGAAUUAGAUCAUUUUAGUAAGAAAUUCUGUGCACCAGUUUGUUCAAAUGGUUGCCGUAAUGGUAAUUGUACAGCACCAGAAGUAUGCGAAUGUUCUAAUGGUUUUGAAUUAAGUGAUCAUGGUUCAUGUGAUCCAAAAUGUGAUAAUUGUGAGAAUGGUAAAUGUAUUGAACCGGGUGUUUGUACAUGUUUAAGCGGUUAUCAAAGAAAAAAUGAUAAAUGUGAACCAAUUUGUACAAAGGAAUGUAAAAAUGGUUUUUGUGCUGCACCAGAUAUAUGUGGUUGUAAUCCAGGAUGGGUACUUGAUGCAUCUGCAACAAAUUGUGUUGCACAUUGUGAUCAACCAUGUUUAAAUGGAUUUUGUUCUGGUAACAAUGUUUGCUCUUGUCAUACCGGUUAUAUACAAGAUGAAGUUAAUCCAAAUUUGUGUAGACCACAUUGUCCUGGCGGUUGUCCAAAUGGUUUUUGUACAAGUCCUAAUUAUUGUAUUUGCAAAGCUGGAUUUGUUAAGAGUGGCGUUAAGGGAAGAACACAAUGUACUCCAGUUUAAAAUUUCCCCGAAAUCAAAAUAUACGUAAUAUUAUGAUGUACAUAAUGUCUAAUAAUUAAUUAUUAAUU